UGUCAGUAUUGUUCGUGCAGCGACCACGGCAGUUCACGCCCACACCUCCUCCACCACCAGCACGCCCACACUUCCACCACCACCAGCACGCCCACACCACUACCAUCAUUAGCACGCCCAUAUAGAGUAUAUAUAUCUAGUCCUACACCUGCAUUCUACCCAGAGUGUGUAUUAUUGAACUACACACAGCGAAGAGACGGGUCCAGGAGCUGUGGCUCGACCCCUCGAACUACAAAUAAGUAAGCACACACACACGCACACGGAGGAUGGGCAAGUUAACACAGAGAUUGAAGGAUGCGAAGGACUGCAGCAGCAGCUCUGCCUCUAGUGACACCAACAAGAACUGGAUUCAUCCCCCGGAGGCACUGCAGAAGGGUCACAUUGCCUACCUAGUUAAGUUCCUUGGAAGCACAGAGGUUGACCAACCAAAGGGGAUUGAGGUGGUGAAGGAGGGCAUUCGCAAACUUAAAUUCAACCAGCAGUUGAAAAAAGCCGAGGGAAGCAAGACUCCCAAAGUAGAAUUGACUGUAUCUAUUGAUGGAGUUGCUAUACACGAACCUAAAACUAAGCGUAACCUCCACCAGUACCCGCUGCACAGGAUUAGCUACUGUGCUGAUGACAAGGCAGAGAAGCGCUUCUUCAGUUUUAUUGCCAAGGAGGCAGACUCUGACAAACACACAUGCUUUGUCUUUGUCAGUGAUAAGUUGGCAGAAGAAAUCACCCUUACAAUUGGACAAGCUUUUGACCUAGCAUAUCGACGGUUUGUGGAGACGUCAGGCCGUGAAGUUGAGAUGCGUCGUCAGCUGCUUUUGUUACAGAAGCGUGUGCAGGGCCUUGAAGAUGAGAAUCAAAUACUAAAAACUCGCAUCACACAGCUGGCCACUCUCAAAAACAGACCUGAUGUUGAAGAGUACAUGAAAGAAAACAAUAUUUCUGAUUUGCUGACCUUAAAUGGUGAGAGCAGCACUGAUCCUGAGUGUGAACCACUAGCCACCUCUAGUGCUGUCAGCCCACCACCCAUCCCACCACGCAACACAACCAAACAGGAUGACGACACUACUCUAAUAGAUGACAUCUUAUCAAGUGCACUAACUUCAAAUGGCGCCGAUGAUGAUGAUUUUAAUCCCCGGGCAGAAGAAACACUAAUGUCCAGUGAGGGUGUUACAAAGAGCUUGUCCAGUAAUGGAAAUCAUGAGGCUCCUGAAGUGGAGGAUGACUUUGAUCCCAGAGCAGAAGAGAAGAAGCCUCCAUCAUUCGCUAGUGUGCCUACACCUGAGUUAAAUGGCUUUACUUCUCCACCAGCACUCGUUCCCCCUCCUCGGCCAGUUAGGGCUCAUGAGCAGCCUGCACAUAAUGGACUCUCAGAUGAUAUAUUUGACACAAGUGGAGAUCCUUUUGGUUCUGUGGCUUUCUCCCCUCCUAGCAACAGUAAUGAUGCUCUUGCACAGUUCAUUGAAAUGAAGGCUGGGUUCAGCCGGGGUCUUUCCUUUGGCACAACUGAUGAUGACUUCACCUUAGAAAGUUUGGACCCACUGAAGAACUGAUUGGUAAGGACAAGAUGUUAGAACCAACAUGAUGCCAGACACUUCCACAUUAUCAAAGUUUCCGUGUGGUUCUUUUAUGAGGCACUUACCAGUUUCAUUAUUGUGAGCUGGUGUCAAUGAGAGAAAAAAUGGGCUGUGAUACUUCCAUGUUAAGAGUGGCAGUACUUGUAGUUCUCCUACAAGUGCUGAAAAGUAUUAUUGUGUUAUUUACAUAUGCAGUUUUAUUUACUUGAUGUAUUAUGGUCUACCUGGAGCAGAACAAGUAGAUAUAUUAACUUUUAAUAUACACAGAUAUUUAUCAUACUAGGAUUCAUUAAUAAACUGCUUCAGGGCAACCUAUUAAUUCUGAAUGUGUUUUUCCUUACAGUUAGCUCCUAUGAGUUACAUAACAUUGAUGGUUAUAAUACAUAAAUAAGAUGUUAUCACAGUUUCUGGCAUAUUGUAAAUUGCAGCAUUAAAGUCUAUUUUGGAGCCUAAUUUUUUGUUAACAAAACUACAAGUUGACUUUUACAAUGGGUAUAGAAUAGCAAACACUAAAUAAGGCUAUGCCACUGUCAUGAAACUAGAAUCUGAUGCCCAGGUCAUCCAGUACCGGGUUGCAACCAUGAUCUGAUUAUACCAGUAUUUAUUAAUAUUAUUACUGUAUGUUCAUUAAAAAUAUAUUAACCUG